GCUAGGCUCGUUUUACGUGACACACGUAAAAAUAAUGUGAAAGUGUACUGGCAAAAACAUGUUUUCACGUUGAUGUUACGUGAAAAGCCUUAUGGUAUUUUUCCACUAGGGUUUUCCAUGUAGUUUUUAUGUGUUUUGAAAUGUAACUUCAACGGCACUCGAGUGCGCCAUUCAGCGAAAUUUCUACGUGAUUAUUUUAGUAUGAAAAUUGAUGGCGUUCGAAGAAGAACUGCUGCCGGACUUGUGGUCGCAAAAUUUUAUCGAAAAUGAAACAGAUGGUAAGUUAAAUUUAGUUUAAACAGUUUUUUAAAAGAAUUAAUGUUUUUUUGUUUCAGAUGUCUAGAAGAAGCAUCUUCUUUCUCGAUGGCCAUUGGCAUUCUGGCCGGUGAUAUCACCAGCGGUGACCUGAAGAACCCCUCGAAGGCGAUCCCAGGCGCAAUCUCGGUCAUCAUCCUGACGUCGAUUUCGUCCGUCGGAACGGCAAUUGUGGCCGAUAUUACUGUGGUGAAUGACGCCAUCGGAAAUGUUUCGGACUUGGCCAACGGGUCGUGGAUCUAUGCCGAUUGUGCCCCGGAGAAGUACGAGUACGGAUUACACAACUCGUUCCAGGUCAUGGAGUUGGUAUCUGGUCCAAUCAUCUACGCCGAGUACGCCGAAAAGGGUUUCUCCGCGGUCAGCAGAAUCGGCAAAUUUUGACCACAUAUCAUACACAUCAUACAGUGCAGUCAUCAGUUUAUUUCCGGCAAGAGGCACGGCAUUACAAAGUUGUGUACAGUGAAAUCGUUUCAAAAAAGUUGAAAAAGUAUAAAUAAAAAAAUUAUCUUCUAAUUAAAAUUAAUUCUUCUUAUUUCCAUCCGAAAAAAAGAAACUAAAAUCAGAAACUACUACUAUAAAAUUCAUAUAACGCUUACUACAACAUACAUGUAGAAAUCAUCGAUUGAUUCAUUUAGCUUUUACGUGUGAAACACGUAGAAUCAACGUGAAGGGAUCUGGCCAAACAAAUUCCGUUUCUACUAGGGUCACCUCGUAGAAGUUACGUGAAAACCCUAGUGGAAAAAUACCACAUAGCUUUUCACGUAACUUCAACGUGAAUAU